AUGGGAUCUGAGUCAACGUCAACCCCUCUGGUUCCAUUACCGGAAGUGGGUGACUCCUCCGCCCACGAACGGUGGCGCAUUAUCAGCACUAUGGACCAACCCAAUUUGAUAUGCUGGUGGUUUUCAAACAAGGUGCAGUCGCACAUGGAUCUGACCUAUUCUAUUGCCAUUCUUAUUGAUGUCGAACGGAGGAACCUUCGCUCAUCCUACUUGCCCCAAGAUAUGGCUUCAAGUUCAAUCAUUCUACUAGUCCCUCUCCUCCUUCUACCACUUCUCCGAACCUCCCUUGCUGGUGAAAUCGCCAUCUACUGGGGCCAGAACGGCUUCGAGGCAACUCUAUCCAAGACCUGCGACACUGGCCGCUUCGCCUAUGUCAACAUCGCCUUUCUCUUCAUUUUCGGCAACGGUCAGGUCCCCAAGAUCGACCUUGCCGGCCACUGCAACCCCGCCGACGGCGGCUGCAUAGCCAUCAGCGACGAAAUCCGGCACUGCCAGAAGCUCGGCGUCAAGGUCAUGCUCUCCAUCGGCGGCGGUGUCGGCAACUAUACUCUCGCUUCUAAAGCAGACGCCAAAAACGUCUCAAGGUACUUGUGGAAUACCUUCCUUGGUGGGUGCUCGUCGAAUCGACCUCUGGGCGAUGCGGUUUUGGAUGGUAUUGUUUGUGAUUUUUACGGAACAGCAGCUUGA